AUGGACGUGGACCCCUCAGCACACACCAUCGCUGCCGCCCGCCUGCACCCCUUCCUGCGCAUCGCUGCCUCGCCAGGCGCACAGGCUGCCAUUUCAGGCACACACGCAGUCAGUCCGCUCAAUGCCCAUGGCCAAGCAGCGGCGCCAGUAGAGGAGCGCGGGCAGGCUGAGGCACGCGGGCAAGCAACAGUGCGAGCAGCAGAGAAUUCAGAAGCGACAUUGAGAGUGGCGGAGGAGGAGAGGGCGGGCACAGCAGCGACGCUGCAUGUGGUGGAGGGGAAUUUCCGGCGGAUGGUGGAGGCGUGUGCGGGCGUGGGAGUGGCGCGAGGCAGUGUGGACGGUGUUCUGCUGGACGUGGGGGUCUCCUCCAUGCAGGUGAAGAGGGUUGCUCUUGUGAGGGCUGGUUCGGUGCAGUGCAGUUAA